AUUACAACACCCUUCCCGCUCUUUCUAGCCAUGUAAUUUGAACGUCUCGCCGAACUGUGCCCGAUCAUGCAUAGUAACGAUACUUACACCUGUUGGCUGAGGGCUUGCCCCCACCAGCGCCCACGCUGUCCGACAUCAGAUUCUCUGGGCAGAAUGGGUAGACCGGUUUUCUUAGAAGAACUGUAUUGCAUACGGAGCAGUGCUCUUACUCUGAGGAUCUGAUUGCUCGCUAGUGCUCGCUGCUUUCGAGAUUCCGGCGCCCUCUAUCGUCAGGAGUUUCAACUUCUGAUGUGUAUGUCGGGGCGAUUCUGGAAUCAUGCAACAAGCUCUUCAUUUAAGAUCGCUCGCAUCGCUGAAAACUGCCCAUCCAAUCUCCAAGAUUGCAGUUCAAUGGCUAACCUUCUCACAAAAUACGAUCUCUCAAAAACGGAAUGGGAGCCUCUCCCCGACGGCACUCCAGGUAGAAGGCGCAUUCUUUCCGGUGCAGAAAUUGUCGAAGACAUCUGGAACCGUCUUUUCAAAGGCUACCAGACCCUGUUUUUCGCUGUAUAUCUAGACGUUUCCCCCAUCCCGACCAGAGAUGUCACUGCAGCAUGCCGUGAGGCCUGGAAAUGGCUUCGCUACAAUAUCCCUACCAUUGCAGCACCCGUAGAAGUCGACGAGAAAGACGUUUCUCGCUUCGUGUAUCAUGCAGCGACACCAGAAUUAGUCGAAGCUUGGGCUGAUCGUACUUGCAUCGUCGACAUGCAGGACGUUGUUGACCUCGAUGCACUUCGCGAACUCGUUUGUGGCGCCAAAGUCCCAUCAGCCGACGGUGAUGCCACUUGGCUCCAUGUCGCGAUCCCAAAGAACACGGAGUCUAUUUCCAAACUCGGUUUCCUUCUUCACACACAUCAUGCUCCUUUCGACGGUACUGCACUCAAGUUCAUCUUCAAUCGUUAUUUGGGGCAACUGGCAAAAAUCCUCGGCUCCUCCACGUAUGUUCCAGAGGCACUACCGUGGGGGAAGGAGGUCGACAAUUUAUUACCAGCGGCUUUGAACGCUUUGGCAUCGCAUGAGCCGCAGCCUAUUCCUACUUCCUCUGAAGAGACGCCGAUUGCCAAUCACCCCUACUACGAGUCUCUCUUGAAGGCGAUGGAAGCGAUGGGCACAACAUUUCCGAACCCAAACCUAUGGGGAUUCAGAUAUCGCGAAGCUGAUUCUGGAUGGCCUAUUUGUGCGCGGGAGGAAGUUACCCUUUCCAAGACAGAAUCCGACGCUGUGAUGGAUACCUUGAAGAAGUUAAAGAAGGACCACGCCUUCACUCUAACUCAUCUAGUGCAUGCCGCGUUGGCCAUGGUCGUCAUCAAUGACAACCCUCCGACGCCGGACCAGUCAUCAGGCGUCAUUGCUCCGCAGGCUUUAGCCAAUUGUCGGGAUCGACUCAAGGAACCCUACGCUUCUAGGAAUGGGUAUGCUGGAUAUGCACUUGGGGUGUCUGCUAUCCGUAUUCCUGUCAAAAUAUUCAUGGAAGACGAUGGCACGCUAUUGCCUAUGAGCAAAGAUACUUUAAUCAAAGCAUGCUCGCACAUCCGGAAGGAGUACAAGCUACAGCGAGAACUCCCUGCUACCCUGAGUUAUAUGGACCAAGGCUGCCAGGUUCUUGCCGGUGGGGUGAAGGCCGGUGCACUGGCGAACGCGAUACCCCCCGAUCAGUGUUACAAGUUCUCUAGUGAUGGCAAGGGCGAGACGUUGCUACAAGGAGUAUAUCUUGACACAGAGGGAAGGCAGCUGUUUGAAAUCAGUAAAUGGUUCACUGCUCUGAAUCGAGUUGAUCCCGCACCGUUCUUUCGAUUCUUUUCCUGGAAAGGGUGCAUCAUUCUAAGUUCUGACGUGAAUAAGAAUGUUAUUUCCCUUGACGAUACAAAGGGGUAUAUGCAGAAGUGGAAAGAGUACAUCAUGCUCAUUACCAAGUAAUACGACCUUCAGAUGGCAAGCGUAGUCGACGAUGUAUUAUGCCAACGCUUAUAGAAACAUUAUGAUCCUCGUCAUUUGCUGCUAGUGAGAAAAGCAGAUGUUUAGUCGCGAGAUCGUCCCUACUGUAGUCGUG